ACCGGAAGUGUAGACAUGCGCAGUUGAUCAGCUGUUAGCAGCUGCGUUGUCAACCAAAAGACAGGCGUGAUUGUUUUUUUUCUGUUUUUAUUUUUGAGUUUGAGUCUAUAUUCUUUACAAAUGGCUGGUACUGCGUUAAAAAGACUGAUGGCUGAGUAUAAGCAGCUGACUCUAAACCCACCCGAGGGGAUCGUUGCAGGCCCUGCAAAUGAAGAGAACUUCUUUGAGUGGGAGGCUUUAAUUAUGGGUCCAGAGGACACGUGUUUUGAGGGAGGAGUAUUUCCAGCCCUCCUCUCCUUCCCGUCAGACUACCCCCUCAGCCCUCCUAAAAUGAGAUUCACCUGUGACAUGUUUCACCCAAACAUUUACCCAGAUGGCCGUGUGUGUAUCUCUAUCCUGCAUGCUCCAGGAGACGACCCAAUGGGCUACGAAAGCAGUGCUGAGAGAUGGAGUCCUGUCCAGAGUGUGGAGAAGAUCCUACUGUCUGUAGUCAGUAUGUUAGCAGAGCCCAAUGAUGAGAGUGGAGCGAACGUUGAUGCUUCCAAGAUGUGGCGUGAGGACCGAGACCAGUUUUACAGCCUGGCCCAACAGAUCGUCCGCAAGUCCCUGGGUCUCUAAUAACAACGACAUCACAUCGUCUAUGUAUGUCCCAAAUGGCACCCUAUUCCCUAUAGCGCGCACUACUUUAGAGUCAAAGUUCUAUGAGGCCUCUGGUCAAAAGUAGUGCACUAUAAAGGGAACCUCUGUCUGGAUCUAACCUACCGCUUCCAUUUCACCCAACAUGUCACCAGGACAGGAAGUUGUCAUAACCAGGAAGUUACAGGAGACUACAGUGACAAUUUAGACUAGCUGGUCAGCAUGGAGACGGGCAGAUGACUGAUGGCUUCAUCUCUGGCUGUUUCCAUGGGUAUGAUGAACCCACAAAAACCAUUUGACUCAAAUGACCCGUUUCGUUCCGUUGUCACCUCUCUCUCUCUCUCAAGCACUUUAUAUUGUUUUCUCCAAAGGAAUAUGUUUAGCGUGUUACUGCCCAGAAUGCCAUUCACUCUGCAAUAUGGCUACAUAGAGGUGCUGUGACUCAUUGGAAUAGUAAAUAAAUAAUAAAAGUGUUUGUGAGAACUUGUGAA